AUGGCAUCAGAUUUGACUCUCAGCAGUUGCAUUUCCCACGAUACCUUCAAAGCCAGCAGCGUUGUCAACCCCACUACCGGCUCUGCGCCACAGCGGAAGUCACGUGAGAUAGAGGGGCACACUCUUUGGCGAGACAAGACGGAGCGCAACUUUGACCACACCAGCCACACUCAAUGGGGUAUGGCGCCGACCCUAGUUUCCCACAAACCGAGAAAUCACCAAAACCUCUUGAUUUUGCCCCGUCCUUGGAACUUUGCAUCACCAAACAACCGUAGCGACAUCCACACAACGUCGUCAAGAUGGUACGUGCUGCGACCUUGGCCAGCUCUCGUGACAUUUGAUGCAGUUUUCGACGACAAAGAACAUUCCUGUAUCGACCGGACGGUUUGCGAAAGACUAUCUCGUGCGACCACAACGACCGGCCGAUAUGCGAACUAUCUCCGCCGUCAAACUCUGCAUCCCAUGCCGGAGAACUGCCCGCCACCGCACCCGCUCACAAACGACGAAACACUGACUCGAUUUGGAACACAGGUCAACAUUCCCAAGACUCGCAACACGUACUGCAAGGGCAGGGAGUGCCGCAAGCACACCCAGCACAAGGUCACCCAGUACAAGGCCGGCAAGGCCUCGCUUUUCGCCCAGGGAAAGCGUCGUUAUGACCGCAAGCAGUCCGGCUACGGUGGUCAGACCAAGCCCGUCUUCCACAAGAAGGCCAAGACCACCAAGAAGGUUGUGCUGAGACUGGAAUGCGUUAAGUGCAAGACCAAGUGCCAGCUCGCCCUGAAGCGUUGCAAGCACUUUGAGCUGGGUGGUGACAAGAAGACCAAGGGUGCUGCUCUUGUUUUCUGA